AUGAGAAUUUUCUCUUCAAUUGGAACUGCAUCAUUCGGUGCAUUAGCCAUCGCUAAUCCUCUUAUUCCUGUUGUUUCAUCGAGAGAUACCUCCAUUCCUCAAUCAUCAUCUGUUGUCCCCAGUUACACAGUCCUCAACAGUUACUGUCUAUCCGCGGGCCCUAAUGCUUACGUCGGAGUUCAAUAUGAUAAUGAUGUAAUAACCUCCUAUAAUUUUGGGGAAUGCUAUCCAUACGUUGUAAAUGGUAGUACCGCAUUGGCAGCCGUUUUUUGCAAGAGUGUCAUCUGUACGAACUGCUCCGGCGAUGAUUGUACCGACCCUAACAUUGUCCUCACAGUUCCAAGAAGUUUAAUUUUGGUCAAUCCAGCGGGAGUUGUAACAACAGUGUUAGGAAAAGGCGCAAUUUGUCAAGAACUCCCACUUGACUUGCCAGUUUAA